AUGAAAUCACGUUUAGAAGAUUUUCCUACUGAAUUAAUUUUUUCAAUUUUUGAUUAUUUUUGGGCACAUGAAUUAUUUUAUUCAUUUGCAAAUAUAAAUUCACGUGUUGAUGAUAUUAUUUUCAAUAGUCAACUACAUAUAUCAUCAGAUAAUCAAAAUAUUCUAUAUAUACCACAUCAUGUUCAAUCAUUAAUUCUUUCAACAUCACCAAUGUCACUUGAACAUUUUACUAAUCUACGUUCAUUGACCUUGAAUCGAUGUCAUUUAGAUAAUAUUAUUGAAUUUCCGCCAUGUCUAUUACGUUUAUGUAUUAAAAAUAUUGAUUUACCUGUAACAAAUAUAAAACUUAUUUUAGAAAAUUCAACAUUAGUCAAUGUUCAAUUAGAUUUAUAUCAUAAAUUAACUGUUAUUCCAUCAUUAUUAAAUAUUAAUAAACAUUUAAGUAAUGUACAAUACUUAACAAUUAAUUAUAUAUCAUUAAAUGAUAUUAUUGAAUUAAUUCAAUAUACUACAAAAUUAAAAUAUCUUCAUAUAUCUUUAUUUGGUAUUAAUCAACAAACGAUAACAAAUUUUUUUACACUACCGACACUAACUCGUAUGACUUGUCUUUCAAUGGGUAUAUCUUUUGAUAAAUUAUGUUCACAAUUUUUAUCAAUUUAUUUUCCUAAUAUUGAAAAUCUUACAAUAUUUACUUCAUAUGUUGAUCCAAAUUUAUUUAUUAAUUCUCUCGAACAAUUAUUAAUAAAUAAUUUACAUUUUGUUAAAAAUUUAAAUAUAAGUGCACAAUUUAAUAUUCAUCGACUAUCAACAGAUAAUAAUAAUAUUGAAACAGUUGCCACACGUUUUCGAACUGCUUUUUGGAUAAAAAGAAAUUGUCGCGUAACAUUUAAAUGUUGUAAUAAUGAUUCACAUACAAUUCGUCUUUAUCUUCAAACAAAUAAAAAAUUACGUACACGACCAUCACGAUUUUAA